AUGGGCUGGGUAGAGGCCCACCUCGGCGGGUCUGACUGGCUCGCAGCCCCGAAGGCCACGCCGUGGACAGGCGCAGCUUCUGGAGCUGCAAAGUCCUUCUUCCUCAUGCAGCAGCCGCCAUCAGAGAUGCCCCCUCGGAGUCCUCUAGGCCCCAAACAGGACUCCUGCCGGUGCCUCGAAGAGGAGGCUGCCCUGGGCCUCGCGGGGCUCUUAUCCUCCAAGACCCGGGCUCUCGCAGCCGUUCUGAGAAGGCGGCCCGCCGAGGUCCUGCAAAGGAGGUUUAGGCGGAUCCCUGGAGCGGGGAUCAACAGCUGGGCAGGGGAGGUGCAGGGGAAAAUACGACUAGAGCUCAGGCGGCGAGAGCUCCCGCAAGACAGCUCCUCGGAGGAAGCCCCUGGGCGCCCCAAAGUCCCGCGUCGGGCUCUGGGCGCCUAUCACGUUUUAUUUAUCCCCACAGAGGAUGCUGGAGGACAAAAGAAAUAUUUGGACGCGCGUUUCGCCGGGGCCUUCCGCUGCCCUGAGCGCACCUCGCCCCGGCUCUACCCGGGCCGACCCCUCCAGGUCCCGCGACGCCUCCGGAAUGGGCCCGCCUCUCCUGCCAGCGCUGCCCGGCGUGUGGACGAGGCCCGGCGCAGCCCCAGUGCCUACGAAGUAAACGCGUUGCGGACACCACCGCCCGGACUUCUGUCCUCCUUUCUCCUGAGACUGGGCACCGGGGUACAGGCGUCUCUGCUUAUGUUCCUUCGCCACCUAGCCCGCGUGCGACCACCGCGUCUGCACCCAGUCAGUGCCUGCCGGCAGGUGAGCCGGCUCCAGGGAGCACCCCAAGGGUGCGGUCUGCCAACCCGGGACCUGGCUAUCGUGCGAGCGGCGGCGGCGGCACCGGAGGCCUCCUCGUCGUCGUCGUCCGCGGCCUCCGCGCCCUGCGCUCCGGCCGCCCCGGCCCCCUCGAGCGCUUCGGCAGUAGCCAACAAAGGCUCUGGCGGCGGCGGUAGCGCGGGCAGUGGGGCCCCUAAGAAGGCGAGCUCGGGGCUGCGGCGGCCGGAGAAGCCACCCUAUUCGUACAUCGCGCUCAUCGUCAUGGCCAUCCAGAGCUCGCCCAGCAAGCGCCUGACGCUCAGUGAGAUCUACCAGUUCUUGCAGGCGCGCUUUCCCUUCUUCCGCGGCGCCUACCAGGGCUGGAAGAAUUCGGUGCGCCACAACCUCUCACUCAACGAGUGCUUCAUCAAGCUGCCCAAGGGCCUCGGGCGGCCCGGCAAGGGCCACUACUGGACCAUCGACCCGGCCAGCGAAUUCAUGUUCGAGGAGGGCUCAUUCCGCCGCCGGCCGCGCGGCUUCAGGCGGAAGUGCCAGGCGCUCAAGCCUAUGUACCACCGCGUGGUGGGCGGCCUGGGCUUCGGGGCCUCGCUGCUGCCCCAAGGCUUCGACUUCCAGGCGCCCCCGGCGGCACCGCUCGGCUGCCACGGCCAGGGCGGCUAUGGCGGCCUAGACAUGAUGCCUGCGGGCUACGACGCCAGCGCGGGCGCCCCGGGCCACGCGCACCCGCACCACCACCACCACCACCACGUCCCGCACAUGUCGCCCAACCCGGGCUCCACCUACAUGGCCAGCUGCCCGGUGCCUGCCGGGCCCGGGGGCGUCGGCGCAGCUGGCGGCGGUGGCGGCGGAGGGGACUACGGGCCGGACAGCAGCAGCAGCCCCGUGCCCUCGUCCCCGGCUAUGGCGAGCGCCAUUGAAUGCCACUCGCCCUACACGAGCCCCGCGGCGCACUGGAGCUCGCCCGGCGCCUCUCCUUACCUCAAGCAGCCGCCCGCCCUGGCGCCGAGCAGCAACCCCGCAGCCUCUGCAGGCCUGCACUCCAGCAUGUCCUCCUACUCGCUGGAGCAGAGCUACCUGCACCAGAACGCCCGCGAGGACCUCUCAGUGGGACUGCCUCGUUACCAGCAUCACUCUACCCCAGUGUGUGACAGAAAAGACUUCGUUCUCAAUUUUAAUGGCAUUUCUUCUUUCCACCCCUCAGCUAGUGGGUCAUACUAUCACCACCACCACCACCAGAGUGUCUGUCAGGACAUUAAGCCCUGUGUCAUGUGA